ACAAAACCAAGAUGGCGGUGCAAGAGACAGCAUCUCAACUGUCCAUGGCUCUCAAAGUCCAAGAAUAUCCCACCCUGAAGGUAAACACAAACUAAUAUCGGUACAUAUGAAUACCCUAACGACACUCACGUGUAUUAAAAGAGACGAGGAGUUGGAAACCAGUGAGAAAAUGGAGAUUACUAGUUCAGUUGAUCGAGAGAGCAGCGAACUUGACAGGAAGGCUAACGUUAGCUGUAGCAUCGUCCUCUUUAACUGUCAGCUGUGUUUCUAAAAGCGAGAGCAGAGAUCAAGCAGAUGGAUAAAUAACAGCAGCUGUUGAUUUCCUUUGUGUGAUGUGAUGAUUUCUUAUAUCUGUGGUGAAGUCUGCUGUAGGCCUCAGGGAUGCUGGAUUCAGUUCAAGCGUGUUUUUGACAGAAUUGACAUUUGUGGUGACUAAAUAAGGUUAGCUAACGUGGUGUCACUGUGAUAAUACGGAGCUGUAAAGGGAUGUUAAUAUAUAUGAAUCAUCUAGCUGGUGGUUACUCUCUAACUAAUUGGUCGUUAAAUGAUGUAAACUACAAACAUGGACACUGUGGCACAGCUUUUUGCAACGUGGUGGCUGUUUUCCUCGAUUAGCAGGUGUGUCGACAAAAGAUAUUACCUUCAAGAAGUGUGGCCUGCUAGCUAGCUAAUUUCUGUGGUUAAAAAAAACAGGGUUCGCCAUAUUUAACCGAGUAGCCCCCCCAGACACGUAUCGUCGAGCAUGCAAAUAGGGUCUGUCUGAAAGGAGGUAGAUAUCACGGGGGGGCUGAGCUCGUCAGACACACAAUCAGCCCUGCGAGUUAGCGCAGUGUCAUCACAUUGCUGCUGCUGCUUGCUGCUGCCUCUCUCCUCUCUCUGCUCUUCAAAAUGGCCAGCCAGAGAAAUCCCAGCCUGGUGCCGCACACACGCACUGAUCCUCCAUUCCACAUAACGUUACUGCGACACCACCACUGCUAAAAAAGACGAGCUGAAAAACUGCUUCCUGUGUUCAGUCGACUCACACACAGCACGGGAGCGACGUCGUAGAAAAGCACGUAUUGUCCCCUACGAGACCCUGAACAAACGUUUCAGGGCGGCUCAGAAGAACAUCGACCGGGAGACGAGUCACGUGACGAUGGUUGUUGCAGAGCUGGAGAAGACGCUGAGCAGCUUCCCGGUGGUUGACUCCGUGGUGUCACUGCUGGAUGGCGUGGUUGAGAAACUCAGCGCCCUGAAGAGAAAGGCUGCUGAGUCUAUCCAGGCAGAAGAUGAGAGUGCCAAGCUGUGUAAGCGUCGCAUCGAGCACUUGAAGGAGCACAGCAGUGACCAGCCGGCUUCAGUGAACUUGUGGAAAAAGAAACGGAUGGAUCGAAUGAUGGUGGAGCAUCUGCUGCGAUGCGGCUACUACAAUACAGCUGUUAAACUUGCCAGACAGAGCGGUAUAGAGGAUUUGGUGAACAUUGAGAUGUUCCUCACAGCCAAGGAGGUGGAGGAGUCUCUGGAGAGGCAGGAGACUGCCACUUGUUUAGCUUGGUGCCAUGACAAUAAAUCCCGUCUUCGCAAGAUGAAGAGCUGCCUUGAGUUCAGUCUGAGAAUCCAGGAGUUCAUUGAGCUGAUCAGACAAAACAAACGCAUGGAUGCUGUCAGACAUGCAAGGAAGCACUUCAGCCAAGCAGAAGGUGGGCAGCUGGAUGAGGUUCGGCAGGUGAUGGGGAUGCUGGCCUUCCCAUCAGAUACACAUAUCUCCCCAUAUAAGGAUCUUUUGGAUCCAGCCCGCUGGAAGAUGCUGAUCCAACAGUUCCGAUAUGAUAACUACAGACUGCACCAGCUGGGAAACAACUCUGUCUUCACUAUUACCCUUCAGGCUGGACUAUCUGCCAUUAAGACACCUCAGUGCUACAAAGAGGAUGGUACUUCUAAGAACCCAGAUUGUCCAGUCUGCAGUAAAUCCCUCAACAAGUUGGCUCAGCCCCUACCCAUGGCCCACUGCGCCAACUCCAGACUAGUCUGCAAGAUAUCCGGGGAGGUCAUGAAUGAAAACAACCCUCCAAUGAUGCUUCCUAAUGGAUAUGUCUAUGGAUACAACUCCCUUCUGUCCAUCCGCCAAGAUGACAAAGUGGUGUGCCCCAGAACCAAAGAAGUCUUCAACUUCUCUCAGGCUGAGAAGGUCUACAUCAUGUGAUCGCUCAGAUAACUCAUCUGAGCAUUAACAUGAUUGAAUACGGCUCGUUAUUCAGACCAGGCUGAUUCAGAGAGCCACCUGUGGAGCUGUGAUCCAGUGCCCUUCUCCCCUCCACAGACACACCCGACAUCUCCCACAAAUUCACUCCUCUCAAUACAUGAGCGACAGCCGUUAGUCUCUUCUCUUGGCCCACCCAUUUUAUCACACAGAAACUGGACUGUUCUCCUUUUCAGGCUGUUUUAGAUGUGGCUAGAUAACAAGAAGUUGUUUCAUUCAAGCACAUGGACUAUCAUCAUCAUUGUUUUACAGUCUCUUGCUCUAGAAAAAGGGCUGAGGAACUGAGAAAUGCUAGGUAGAGAUUUGUUUUUACGACAACAAAUAAAAACUUGUUGAGGUUACUUUGAUCUUUUUCUUUUACUAGUGGUAUUUUUCUUGACAUUUUACUUACAUACUGUGUUGAGGCUGAGUUAUUGUGUCCCAUUAACCAGACUAACGUGAGAUUUGGUCAUUUUUCAGACACAUGUGGCUGGUUCCUGGUCUUAAAGUAGCAUCUCAUUCUUUGACGCAUGCUGUAGACAUCCUUUGUCUUCUGGCCAUGUUUUUUGUGUGGUUGUUUAGGGGGGAUGUGCUGAAUGGAUCCUUUUAACUGCCUCUUUUUUGCAUUUCACUCCGUUUGGCUGUGAAACCAGAGCCCGGUUUGAUCCAGUCGGCUCCUUUUCAAAUGUAAAUACUAGAUAGGAAUUGAUCAUCCUCAUGUAUACAUUCAGGGUGCUGGAACAGACACAAAGGUUCAUCUUGGAGAAAGAUUGCUGAGUGAACUGAGUCUUUUCUUAGCUGGUUUAGUCCACAGUAUCCUUAAGUUAACUGGUUGCUCAGUAUAACUCGUAAUUACUGAGCUGUUAGUUUCACAAACGUGGUUAUAUGCAUUAUGGUGUACAUACUACCGUAAUGAAACCGAGGGAAAUGCUCAAACAAGAAACCCACAUUUGAUGUUUUUAUUAUCAAACAAAUUGUCUUCCUUUUUUUGUUUGAGGUUUAACAUUUUCAUUUAUCUCUAAUCAUUUUCUCUAAUCUUCAUCUUAAACUGUACAUUUCAUUAAACCUUUUCUGUUUUGAGAUGCAGGCCCGAGUGAUUUCAGUUUAGGAACAUUGCCCGAUCAGUUUAUUUUUCCUAAAAUAAGCAGAUAAUGACGGACUGUGCUGAUUCUCAGUCUCAUAUUUUGGUAAUGCUCCUCGCACAGACUUUAAUGUCUUUGCAUAGGAGAAAGAACACCUACUGUUUCAGCAUUGUAUGUUUUUCAAGCACAUGUUAGCCUUUAUAAGAAAUGCAUGUGGAGGCAGGAUCUGUACCUCCACAAGGCAGACUGUCUUUUCAUGCAACUUUUAUUUAAACCUUUGGUUGUCUAAAACACAACUCAUCCUCCUUGACUGAAACCCCACUGUAAAUUAUGAAUGGAUAUGGAACGUGGGAAAACAACAGGAUUUACACAAAUCUUGGUGACUCACUUCCAUGAAAGCAUACGCACAAAUAAUGACUAAAUUGACCAUUACACUUUCAGUAGAUAAUUUCUUCCAUUUUUGUUUAUUGUCAAACCAAAAGUUGCCUCAUUUGUGUCCAUCAAUGAGUUGGAACUGUAUGUGUAAAGACACAGACUGUCCUGUGUGUUCUUGUCAGUAGAAUAGAUAAAGGGAAUGUUUCAUGAGCAAAAUGUCUCAUAAAGAUUUCAGUCAACUUUGA